AUGAGCAACGCUCUCGCCAAGGUGUCCACUCUGUUCGAUUGCUCUUUCCUCACAAAUGUGUUCAGAAAAAGCUCGCAUCGUCGAGUAGAUCGUCGAAAAACACGAAGACUCGAUCGAAGACUCGCAGAUCGAAAAAGUCGGAGAAGAAGAAGGACACCGGCUUCUUCGGCUGCUGCGCCAAGAAACGCAAGGUGCGACGAUCGUCGAAAAAGCGUUCGGCGGCCAGAAAGAGAACGGCGAAGAAGUCGUCGACUGCGGCAAAGAAGAACGGGAAGAGCCAAAAGUCUCCGAUAUCUCAGAAGUCUCAGAAGUCUCAGAAGUCCCAGAAAUCGCAAAAGAAAUCGGCCAAAGAAGGUCUGUCAGUCUCCGCUCGAUUCCAAUCUUAAGCAACCAGUUGCAGGCGCCGCUCUGAUUCUCCCUCCCGGUGGAUCCCUCCAGAAACCCAUAAAGCCUCCUCAGGCGGAAAACUCCAAAAAGCCCGGCGUCCUGGUUGCUCCCGUGCCUAUUAAUCAGUCGGCGCCGUCUCUGCAACCUCCGUCCACGACGCCGGCCGCCAGUGUGGAAAUCCAAACAGAACAGACGAACGGCUCGCUCGCUCCGCCUUCCCGUGAGCCCCUGAGUUACUCCCAGGAGCCAUCGACUCCUCCGAAAGAGCAGCAGCUUGCUCCGAAAGGCCUUUUCGAUGAGGGGAAGAAGCCGGAGAUGGACACCGAGGCGACGGAGGACGGGGAAUCGGCCGGAGGACGGAAGGGCGUCGCGUACCCUUCGCACAAGUUCUUCAUGACUCAGUAGGAUCGGAAUGGGCGUCGGCCGGAUUCAAUGCGUUCCCUUGCAGAUACGUGAAGGAUCAGUGCAGUGUUCGUCGUUGGGUCUACGAGGAUUCGGUGCCGUUAACGAUGGAAUCCAACAUGAAGCACAUGCUGAAAGUGGCCAGUUCCCGUAUCGCUCAUUGCCAAAACGAUAAGGAAAGACGGGGAGAUAUGCUGAGGGACCUCGACGAAUUGUCCGAGAUUCUCGAAAGGGGACCGAAGGAGUGA